UGACAGCAGCUCGGGCCCUCAGUGUGCCGCGCGCCUCGGGAGCGAGCGGUUGUACAGUGCGUGUGACGUGUAGUAUUGAUCGUGAGUGAUGGUGGUGUCCCUGUAACAUAUGGUAGCUCUGUCCUCUUCUACUGUGGCCAAGGGCGGCAUGAGCAUGGUAGCGUGGGCACUGUGGGGCCUGGUCCUAGUUCAGAGCCUCGCCCACGCCAGCUCGAGGCCCAGCGAGAAAUAUGGAGACGUGAGCGGGGACGAGGUGGUGAUCGACCAGCUGGAGGAUUUCUUGAGGUCCCACACGCGCCACCUGGUAGAACCUGAUCCGCGCCUUCUUCCUCCUGCUGCCCCGCCCCUGCCCUACAAGCACCUCGUCCCGAACAUCAACGAGAAGAUCCGGUUCGGCGUUGGGCCGAGGGACCCGCGGUUCUACCUUCCCUCGAACCGCCCUGAACCCGCCGUGCCCGAGCAGGACCGCUUCAAGGACUUCCCGCAGGACCUCGCCCUCCUCAACUCGCGCCUGCCGCAGCAUCACCAGCGUCCUGCGUACCGCGAGGAGGUCCUGCAGUACCAGGAGGAUGUGGACGAGCAGUAUCCCAACCAGUACCAGCAGGUUGGCGAGGAGCGGUACCCCAGCGUCCAGUACCAGGACUACACCAACCUCGGGAUUCCUGUGGCGGCGCUGGACCGUCUGCAGGCCAUGAGGGAGAUGCCGGGCGUCCCCGCUGACCCUCGCAGGAUGGGAUUGCAGGAGCUGGAGGCGCAGGAGGAGGAGGAGAGGGAGGAGCGAGGGCGGGAGGAGGAUAAGAGGGAGAUGGUGAUGGAAGCAGCUAAGUCCGGAGGAGGAGGAGAAGGCGGUGGAGGAGAGGCGCCGAAGGAAGGUGCCAAGGAGGAGAAGGAUAAGAAGACGGGGGGUAAAGCAGCAACAUCGCAGCCUGAGGAGGUGAACUACCUGAACCGUUCGCCAAGCCACGUUCAGCAGGGCGACCCCGUCUACCAACACCAUAAAGCCUCGAGGCAAGAUAGUCUCGAUGGAGUGUACUUCGUAGCAAUCGUAGCUGGAUGUACGGCUGUAGCUGUGUUUGGUGUCAUUAGUGCUGGAAUCUGCUGGUACAGGUUGAACAAGAAUCACCGUGCCGCUCAGGUCGCAGAUUAUCCGGCUUACGGCGUCACAGGCCCCAAUAAGGACGUUUCCCCGACCAGCGGAGACAGGAAGCUCGCCCAGUCCGCUCACAUGUACCAUUAUCAACACCAAAAGCAGCAGAUGAUUGCCCUUGAAAAAUCAUCGGGUGGGGAGCGCCAUGGAUCGACUUCCGACGUGGACUCUGAGGAAGAAGGGGAGGAGAACGAGUAUACUGUUUACGAGUGCCCCGGCCUCGCUCCGACUGGUGAGAUGGAGGUAAAGAACCCACUUUUCCCCGACGACCCAACACCGGCAACACCUUCGAUGAGAAAGGAGGCUGACGACGAAGAGGAAGAGGAAGAAGAACAGAAAGCAAAAUGAAGAGUAACUACUAACGACGGAUAAAAUCACCCUAAAAAGAACAAGCUACCACUGUAUCCAAAUAUGGGGAACUUUGAAAUGAUAGUGUAGGCCAAAUCGUUCUUGAAUAACUAUGUAUUUCAGCUUCGGAAUAAGCUUCUAUAUAUACUAUUUACUGUCAUUUAACAGAAACUGCUUAGCUAUGUGAAAUUCCCUCUUUUCCAGGUUAUGGAGUCGUACUUACGUCUUGGGUGUGCGAAUUUUAGGUACUUAAGUAAAAAGAGUAAUAUAUAUAUAUGUAAUGGAACAAAAAAAAAAUGGUGUUUAGGGAAAUGUACAUAAAGAUCAUGCAAGAUUUAUUUACUAUAAGGUGGGGUUUAAAGUCAAGGGGAAAGCAAGACAAAGCUAGUAUAUUAAACUGUAAGAGUUUCUUACCAGCUCUUAAGCAAAAGUAGUUUAGGAUACAACAGCAACCAAGGGAAUUUAGAUAAACCUUGUGUGUUAAGAGAGGAAAGAGAGAGGAAGAAACAUUAAACAAGACUGAUUAUUUCGGCUAAAGAAAAAGUAAGCUUUAAAGUGAUGUGGAACCUUGUAAGACAAAAAGAGUACACGAACAAGCAUU